CGUCAGGCUUGCUUUUGCCCAGCGUUUCUCAGGAGGGAAGAGUUGGAGAGGCUUUGCUGCUAAGGGAAGUUUGUAAAAUAUUGCUGGUUUGAAGGAAAAAAUAGAAAAAGGUUGCAAAAGCUAAGAAACAAAACAUCCGUACACACUAAUGGUGGGAAAAGAAAAAUUUAUUAAUUCAAGUGUAUAGGUGGUAGGCAGAGGAAUACUCUGUGAAAAUGGCAGAUGACGAGGAGUAUGAGGAGGUAGUGGAGUAUUACAUUGAAGAGACUGUCAUUGAGGAGGGUGAACCAAUGGAGGUGAUCAUGGAGACCACCACCACGACCACCAGAGGUACUACUGGCCCCACAGUCACCCCAGGGACCAGAGAGCAAGCUUCACUUCCAGUCCGAAAGAGAGUGAAAAGGACAAAAGUGGACACAUCUAAGUUUAUGACACCUUAUCUACAACAUAGUCAUAAAAUGCAGGAUCUGUUCAGUGAGAACAAAUACAAACAACAGUUUAAAAAAGAAAAAGGAAAGCCUUAUGCCAGCACAUCUGAUACCCCAGAACUCCGGAGAAUUAAGAAAGUUCAAGAUCAGCUCAGUGAGGUGAAAUAUCGUAUGGAUGGUGAUAUCGCUAAGACUAUUUGCCAUGUGGAUGAAAAAGCAAAGGAUAUUGAACAUGCAAAGAAGGUGUCGCAGCAAAUGAGCAAGGUUUUAUACAAACAGAACUGGGAGGAGAAUAAGGAUAAAUACCUUCUACCCCCUGAUGCUCCAGAACUUGUGCAGGCAAUAAAAAAUACAGCGCUGUUCAGCAAGAAACUAUACACAGAAGAUUGGGAGCAAGACAAAACAUUAUUCUACCCAUACAAUGACAGUCCAGAACUGAGGCGAGUAGCAAAGGCCCAAAAGGCUCUUAGUGAUAUUGUUUACAAAAAGGGACACUAUGAACAAAAAUCUAAAUACACUUCUCUGCCAGAUCCACCUGAUGUGGAGCUUGCCAAGAAAGCGACUAAGCAGCGCAGCGAUGUUAAGUACCAUGAAGACUAUGAAAAUAACAUCAAAGGCAAGUGGAGUCAAACUCCUUGCUAUGAAGUUGCAGUUGCAAGGAUGAACUCUGAUAAUUUAAGUAUGAGAAAAUACCAGGAAGACUAUGAGCUCAUGAAAGACCAAAUCUCCUUUAUGCAAACUGAAACUCCGGAGUAUGAGGCUAAUAAACGAGCUGGAAUUGCUGCCAGUAAAGUGAAAUAUAAAGAAGACUAUGAAAAAAACAAAGCUGCUACAGAUUAUAAUGUACUUCCUGCUACAGAAAAUCCAUUGCUGAAACAGCUAAAAGUUGCAGGAAAGCUGCUAAGUGAUAAAUUAUACAAGGAAGCCUUUGAGAAGACAAAAGCAACAAGCAUUAAUUACUGUGAAACUCCAAAGUUUCAAAUUGAUAGUGUUCUGAAAAACUUCAGUGAUGUUAAGUAUAAAGAUGCAUACCAAAAGAAUAUUUUGGGACAUUACAUAGGUAGCUAUGAGGACCCAUAUCAUACACUCUACAUGAAUGUUGCAGCUAUGAAGAGUGAUAAAAAUUACAAAGCAGAUUAUGAAGAGGACAAGGCAAAAUGCUACUUCCCCCAAACUGUAACUCAAGAGUAUGAAGUUAUAAAGAAGUUAGACCAAUGCAAAGAUAAUACUUACAAAAAGCAUCCUGAUCAAAUCAAAUUUACGCAAGUGACUGAUUCACCAGUACAAGUUCAAGCACAGAUCAAUACCAAGCAGCUGAGUGACUUGAAUUAUAAAGCUAAACACGAAAGUGAGAAAUUCAAAUGCCACAUACCACCAGAUACUCCAUUUUUCCUUCAGUCCAGAGUCAAUGACUAUAAUCUGAGUGAUAACUGUUACAAGUAUGACUGGGAGAGGUCUAAAGCUAAGAAAUUUGAAAUCAAAGUUGAUGCAAUUCCACUUCUUGCAGCUAAAGCUAACACUAAAAUUUCUAGUGAUGUGGCAUAUAAGAAAGACUAUGAACUAAGUAGAGGGAAAAUGAUUGGAGCCCUGAGCAUUCAUGACGAUCCCAAGAUGUUACAUUCUGCAAAAGUGACCAAACAGCAAAGUGAUCAUGAGUACAAAAAGGACUAUGAAUUGUCAAAGAGCAUAUACACAGCUCCGCUGGAUAUGAUCCCAAUCACGCAGGCUAAGAUAUCUCAGGCUAUUGCCAGCGGCAUAGACUACAAGCAUCUCCUACAUAAUUACUCUUAUCCUCCUGAUAGUAUUAAUGUGGAGCUUGCAAAGAAGGCCUACUCUCUGCAGAGUGAUAAUGAAUAUAAAGCUGACUACAAUGAUUGGAUGAAAGGUUGUGGCUGGGUGCCAUAUGGGUCCAUGGAAGCAGAGAAGGCAAAGAGAGCUUCAAACAUUCUGAAUGAGAAAAAAUAUCGCCAACAUCCAGACACUAUUAAAUUUACCCAAAUUGAAGACGAGCCUGUUAUGGUACAGGCUAAAAUCAACCAGGCCCAGAGGAGUGAUGUACUAUAUAAAGCCAAAGGUGAAGAUAUAAUUCACAAGUAUCACCUGCCUCCAGAUAUGCCCCAGUUUAUCCAGGCGAAAGUAAAUGCCUACAAUAUUAGUGAUAACUUCUAUAAAAUGGACAUGGAAGAAUUAAAAUCAAAAGGAUAUGACCUAAGAAAUGAUGCUAUUUCUAUCCGAGUUGCCAAGGCAGCUAGUCAGGCUGCCAGCAAUGUCCACUAUAAAAAAGACUAUGAACUUGCCAAGGGUAAACUUGUUGGCUUCCAAAGCCUCCAGGAUGACCCCAAACUGGUUCACUACAUGAAAAUAGCCAAGCUCCAGUCUGAACGGGAAUACAAGAAAGAUUAUGAGAAAACGAAAACGAAAACCAACAUCCCAUUAGAUAUGGUCAAUGUUGUGGCCGCCAAACAGGCUCAAGACAUUGCCAGCAAUGUUAAUUACAAGCAGCAGCUCCACAAUUACGUUUACUUACCUGAUGCGAUGAACGUGAAACUCUCCAAAAACAUGAUGCAGAUACAGAGUAAUCAUGCCUAUAAAGAAGACUAUGAUAACUGGAUGAAAGGCAUUGGCUGGAUUCCCAUUGGUUCAUUGGACGUAGAGAAAGCUAGAAAAGCAGGAGAAGCUUUGAAUGAGAGGAAAUAUCGUCAGCACCCAGACACCAUCAAAUUUACCAGUGUGGUGGACUCUCCGGUUAUGGUCCAAGCUAAACAGAAUACACAUCAACUCAAUGAUAGGUUAUACAAAUCUUCAGGAGAGGAAUUCAAACAUAAAUACACAAUGACACCGGAUGUCCCACAGUUUAUCCAGGCUAGGUACAAUGCAGCCAACAUCAGUGAUGCAUAUUAUAAACAAGAUUAUCAUGAUUUGAUAGCCAAGGGGCCCAGCGUGUUUGGUGAUGCUAUUCCAUUUACUCUAGCGAAAACCUCAAGAAACAUUGCUAGUGAUUAUAAAUAUAAAGAAGCUUAUGAAAAGGCAAAAGGAAAACAUGUUGGUUUCCGAAGUGUGCGUGAUGAUCCCAAACUUGUCCAUUAUAUGAAUGUGGCCAAGAUGCAGUCUGAGCGUGAGUACAAGAAGGACUAUGAGAUGACCAAGACCAAUUAUCAUACACCUGCUGAUAUGGUCAGUAUCCAUGCAGCUAAACAGUCUCAAGACAUAGCCUCCAAUACCAACUACAAACAUCUGAUCCACCACUAUACCUAUCUGCCAGAUGCCAUGAAUGUUGAACUUACAAAGAAUAUGAUGAAUAUUCAAAGUGAUAACUUGUACAAACAAGAUUACAACAGCUGGCUCAAGGGUAUUGGAUGGAGCCCUCUGGGAUCUCUGGAUGUUGAAAAGGUUAAAAAAGCUGGAGAGGCAUUAAAUGAAAAGAAAUAUCGCCAGCCCCCAGGGAACUUUAAGUUCACAAGUCUACCAGACUCAAUGCCAAUGACUUUGGCUCAGCACAAUACAAAGCAACUGAGUGAGAUAAAUUAUAAGCAGGAGGGUGAGAAACUAAAACACAAAUACACUCUGGACCCUGAUGUUCCUCAGUUUAUUCAAGCCAAGGUCAAUGCCAUGAACAUGAGUGAUGCUUAUUACAAAGCAGACUGGAAAAAAACACUUGCCAAAGGGUAUGAUCUGAAACCAGAUUCCAUCUCUGUAAUUGCUGCUAAAGCUUCCCAAAACAUUGCCAGUGCUUACAAGUACAAGGAAUCCUAUGAGAAAGAAAAAGGCAAACACGUUGGAUUCCGUAGCCUGCAGGAUGAUCCUAAACUGGUUCACUAUAUGAAUGUGGCCAAAAUGCAGUCAGAACGCGAGUACAAGAAGGGUUAUGAGAGCAGCAAGACAAAGUACCAUACGCCACUAGAUAUGUUCAGUGUGACAGCUGCUAAGAAAGCCCAGGAAGUUGUUACAAAUACCAACUACAAACAGCUACUACACAACUACACACUUUUGCCUGAUGCUAUGAAUGUGCAACUAUCAAGAAACAUGAUGCAGAUUCAGAGUGAUACUCUUUACAAAACAGACUUCAAUAACUGGCUAAAAGGAGUUGGUUGGCUACCAGCUCAGUCUUUGGAUGUGGAGAAGGCCAAGAAGGCUACAGAGAUUCUCAGUGAAACGAAAUAUCGCCAGCACCCAGAUAAGCUAAAAUAUUCCAUUACAACUGAUGCAAUGGAGCAGGUGCUGGCUAAACAGAAUGCCCAGAUCAUGAAUAAGAGGCUCUACACUGAUAAAUGGAACAAAGAGAAGACAAGCAUUCAUGUUAUGCCAGACACUCCAGAAAUUCUGCAGUCAAGAGUGAACCAGAUCACCAUGAGUGAUAAAUUAUACAGGGCUGGCUGGGAGGAAGAGAAGAAGAAGGGUUAUGACAUGCGAUCGAAUGCUAUCCCAAUAAUGGCAGCCAAAGCCUCCAGAGACAUCGCAAGUGACUACAAAUACAAACUAGCCUAUGAACAGGCAAAAGGAAAGCACAUUGGGUUCCGUAGCCUUGAAGAUGAUCCUAAGCUGGUGCACUUCAUGAAGGUUGCGAAGAUGCAGUCUGAUCGUGAAUACAAAAAGGACUAUGAGAAGUCAAAGACAAGAUUCCAUACCCCAGCUGAUAUGUUCAGUGUAGUGGCAGCUAAGAAAGCACAGGAAGUGGCUACCAAUACAAACUACAAACAUUUGAUCCACCAUUACAAUGUUUUGCCCGAUGCUAUGAAUCUUGAAUUAGCCAAAAACAUGAUGCAGAUACAGAGUAAUAAUCAAUACAAAGCAGACUAUGAUGAAUUCAUGAAGGGUAUGGGAUGGAUGCCAGUAGGCUCUCUGGAAGCUGAGAAGAAUAAGAAAGCUAUGGACAUUAUAAGUGAGAAGAAAUACCGCCAACACCCAGACAAACUGAAGUAUUCUAGUCUGAUGGACUCUAUGAGCAUGGUUCUAGCUACAAAUAAUGCUAAAAUCAUGGACAAACACCUGUAUACUCAAGCAUGGGAAGCAGACAAGACAAAAGUUCACAUCAUGCCUGAUAUUCCAGAGGUUGCUUUGGCAAAAGCAAAUGCUUUUAACAUAAGUGAUAAAAUGUACAAGCAUUCCUUGGAAGAGUUGAAAAGGAAAGGCUAUGACCUCCGAGCUGAUGCCAUAUCCAUUAAAGCUGCUAAAGCUUCCAGAGAUAUUGCUAGUGAUUACAAAUACAAAUUGGGUUAUGAAAUGGAUAAGGGUAAACUUGUAGGCUUCCGCAACCUCCAGGAUGAUCCCAAGCUAGUUCAUUAUAUGCAAGUGGCUAAGAUGCAGUCUGACCGUGAGUACAGGAAAGCCUAUGAGACCAGCAAGACCAGCUAUCAUACACCUGCUGAUACAUUUAGUAUCAUGGCAGCGAAGGAAGCACAAGGUAAUAUAACCAACACGAACUAUAAACAGCUGAUCCACAAAUAUAUGCUCCUACCAGAUGCAGUUAAUAUGGAACUGGCCAGAAACAUGAAUUGGAUUCAAAGCAAUAACAAGUACAAAGAGGAUUACAAUGAAUGGUACAAAGGACUUGGAUGGAGCCCUGCUGGUUCUCUGGAGGUGGAGAAAUCUAAGAAAGCCACAGAAAUUGCAAGUGACAGGAAUUACCGCCAGCACCCAAGCCUUUUCCCCUUCACAAAACAGAGUGACUCCAUGGACAUGGUGCUAGCAAAACACAAUGCAGACGUGAUGAAUCAUCAUGUGUACACUCAAGCUUGGGAGAAGGAUAAACUUCAGAUUCAUGUGAUGCCAGAUACACCAGAUAUUCUACAGGCCAAACAGAACAAAGCAAAUUACAGUCAGAAAUUGUACAAACUCGGAUGGGAAGAAAUGUUAAAGAAAGGCUACGACCUCACAUCUGAAGCCAUUUCAGUGAAAGCGGCCAAAGCUUCGAGAGACAUUGCAAGUGAUUACAAGUAUAAAGAAGGUUACCGCAAGCAGCAGGGACAUCACAUUGGAUACCGCAGCAUACAGGAUGAUCCCAAACUUGUGUUGUCUAUGAAUGUUGCCAAGAUGCAGAGUGAGAGGGAGUACAAGAAAGAUUUUGAGAAGUGGAAGACCAAAUUUAACAUGCCCGUGGAUAUGUUGGGCUUCCUACUGGCUAAGAAAUGCCAGUCGUUGGUUAGUGAUGUAGACUACAGACGGAUUCUGCACCAGUGGACUAGUUUGCCGGACCAGACUAGCAUCAUUCAAGCUAAGAAAGUAUAUGAACUGCAGAGUGAUAAUCUAUAUAAGUCAGAUCUUCAAUGGUUGAAAGGCCUGGGGUGGAUCCCAUUUGGCUCUUUGGAGGCUGAAAAGAACAAGAAAGCUUCAGAAAUCCUGAGUGAGAAGAAAUACCGCCAGCCACCAGACACUGUGAAAUUCACAAGUAUCCCUGAUGCCAUGGACAUAGUUCUGGCAAAGUCUAAUGCCAAAAAUAGGAGCGAUAGACUUUACAGAGAAGCUUGGGACAAGGACAAAACUCAAAUUCAUGUCAUGGCUGACACUCCUGAAAUCAUUUUGGCUAAAGCAAACUCAAUCAAUAUGAGUGAUAAACUCUAUAAGUUAGGAUAUGAAGAACUGAAGAAGAAAGGCUAUGAUUUUCCUCCUGAUGCCAUACCACUCAAGUUAGCAAAAGCAUCCAGAGACAUUUCGAGCGAAUACAAAUACAAAGAAGGGUAUCGCAAGCAGCUUGGCCACCAUGUGGGAGCCCGCAACAUCCAGGAUGAUCCCAAGAUGGUGUGGUCUAUGCAUGUGGCCAAGAUCCAGAGUGACCGUGAGUACAAGAAAGAUUUUGAGAAAUGGAAGACCAAGUAUAAUACCCCUGUGGACAUGCUGGGAAUCGUACUGGCCAAGAAGUGUCAGGAGCAAGUCAGCGACAUUGAUUAUAGAUAUCCUCUGCACAAGUGGACAUGUCUGCCAGACCAGAGUGAUGUUGUACAUGCCAGGAAAACAUACGAUCUUCAGAGUGAUCUUAUGUAUAAAUCAGAUCUGCAGUGGAUGAAAGGCAUUGGCUGGUCCCCAAGUGGUUCUCUGGAUAAUGAGAAGAAUAAGAGAGCAACCCACAUCCUGAGUGACCACACCUAUCGGCAACACCCAGGCACUAUCAAAUUUAGUAGCCUGCUUGAUUCUAUGCCAAUGGUUCUGGCAAAGCACAAUACUGGAAUUAUGAACCCUCGCUCAUAUACAGAAGCUUGGAACAAAGAUAAAACUAGUAUCCACAUUAUGCCAGAUACCCCUGCUAUUUUACUGGCACAGCAGAACAAAUGGAAUUACAGUGACAAACUGUACCGACUUGCAAUGGAAGAGGAAAAGAAGAAAGGCUAUGAUCUACGAGUAGAUGCCAUUCCAAUCAGGGCAGCUAAAGCUUCCCGAGACAUUGCAAGUGAGUACAAAUACAAAGCAGGGUAUCGCAAGCAGCUUGGCCACCAUGUGGGAGCCCGCAACAUCCAGGAUGAUCCCAAGAUGGUGUGGUCUAUGCACGUGGCCAAAAUCCAGAGUGACCGUGAGUACAAGAAAGAUUUUGAGAAAUGGAAGACCAAGUAUAAUACCCCCGUGGAUAUGCUGGGAAUCGUGCUGGCCAAGAAAUGUCAGGAGCAAGUCAGUGACAUUGAUUAUAGACAUCCUCUGCACAAGUGGACGUGUCUUCCAGACCAGAGUGAUGUUGUACAUGCCAGGAAAACAUAUGAUCUUCAGAGUGAUAUUUUAUAUAAAUCAGAUCUUCAAUGGCUGCGAGGCAUUGGCUGGGUCCCAAGUGGCUCUCUGGAUGAUGAGAAGAAUAAGAGAGCAACCCACAUCCUGAGUGACCACACCUACCGGCAACACCCAGGCACUAUCAAAUUUAGUAGCCUGCUUGAUUCUAUGCCAAUGGUUCUGGCAAAGCACAAUUCUGAAAUAAUGAAUCAACGCUCAUAUACAGAAGCUUGGAACAAAGAUAAAACUAGUAUCCACGUUAUGCCAGAUACCCCUGAUAUUUUACUGGCGCAGCAGAACAAAUUGAAUUACAGUGAUAAACUGUACCGACUUGCAAUGGAAGAGGAAAAGAAGAAAGGUUAUGACCUACGGGUAGAUGCCAUUCCAAUAAGGGCAGCUAAAGCCUCCCGAGAUAUUGCAAGUGAAUACAGAUACAAAGAAGGGUAUCGCAAGCAGCUUGGCCACCAUGUGGGAGCACGCAAUAUCCAGGAUGAUCCCAAGAUGGUGUGGUCUAUGCAUGUGGCCAAGAUCCAGAGUGACCGUGAGUACAAGAAAGAUUUUGAGAAAUGGAAAACCAAGUAUAAUACCCCAGUGGACAUGCUGGGAAUCGUGCUGGCCAAGAAGUGUCAGGAACAAGUCAGUGACAUUGAUUAUAGACAUCCUCUGCACAAGUGGACGUGUCUUCCAGACCAGAACGAUGUUGUACAUGCCAGGAAAACAUACGAUCUUCAGAGUGAUCUUGUGUAUAAAUCAGAUCUGCAGUGGCUGAAAGGCAUUGGCUGGGUCCCAAGUGGCUCUCUGGAUGAUGAGAAGAAUAAGAGAGCAACCCACAUCCUGAGUGACCACACCUAUCGGCAACACCCAGACACUAUCAAAUUUAGUAGCCUGCUUGAUUCUAUGCCAAUGGUUCUGGCAAAGCACAAUACUGGAAUUAUGAACCCUCGUUCUUAUACAGAAGCUUGGAACAAAGAUAAAACUAGUAUCCACAUUAUGCCAGAUACCCCUGCUAUUUUAUUGGCGCAGCAGAACAAAUUGAAUUACAGUGAUAAACUGUACCGACUUGCAAUGGAAGAGGACAAGAAAAAAGGUUAUGACCUACGAGUAGAUGCCAUUCCAAUAAGGGCAGCUAAAGCCUCCCGAGAUAUUGCAAGUGAGUACAGAUACAAAGAAGGGUAUCGCAAACAGCUUGGCCACCAUGUGGGAGCCCGCAACAUCCAGGAUGAUCCCAAGAUGACAUGGUCUAUGCAUGUGGCCAAGAUCCAGAGUGACAGAGAGUACAAGAAAGAUUUUGAGAAAUGGAAGACCAAAUAUAGUAGCCCAGUGGACAUGCUGGGAAUUGUGCUGGCCAAGAAGUGUCAGGAGCAAGUCAGUGAUGUUGAUUAUAGACAUCCUCUGCACCAAUGGACAUGUCUACCGGACCAGAAUGAUGUCAUCCAUGCUAGAAAGGCCUAUGAUCUACAGAGUGACAAUUACUACAAGUCAGAUCUUCAAUGGUUGAGAGGCAUCGGUUGGGUCCCAAUUGGUUCCUUGGAUGUUGAAAAAGCCAAGAAGGCUGGAGAGAUCCUUAGUGACCAUAUAUAUCGUCAGCCACCAGACAAAUUCAAAUUUACUAGUCUAAUGGAUUCUCUGCCAAUGGUCUUAGCCAAGCAUAAUGCAGAGACAAUGAAUAAGAAUUUAUAUACUGAGGCGUGGGAUAAAGACAAGACUCAAAUCCACAUGAUGCCCGACACUCCAGAGAUUAUACUGGCAAGACAGAACAAGGUCAACUAUAGCCAGAGUCUGUAUAAACUUGCCAUGGAAGAGGCAAAGAAGAGAGGCUAUGACUUGCGAAUUGAUGCUAUUCCCAUCAAGAGUGCCAAAGCAUCCAGAGAUAUUGCCAGUGAUUACAAAUACAAAGAAGGGUAUCGCAAGCAGCUUGGCCACCAUGUGGGAGCCCGCAACAUCCAAGAUGAUCCCAAGAUGACAUGGUCUAUGCAUGUGGCCAAGAUCCAGAGUGACAGAGAGUACAAGAAAGAUUUUGAGAAAUGGAAGACCAAAUACAGUACACCAGUGGACAUGCUAGGAAUAGUGCUGGCCAAGAAGUGUCAGGAGCAAGUCAGUGAUGUUGAUUAUAGACGUCCUCUGCACCAAUGGACGUGUCUACCAGACCAGAAUGAUGUCAUCCAUGCUAGAAAGGCCUAUGAUCUACAGAGUGAUAAUUACUACAAGUCAGAUCUCCAGUGGCUGAGAGGCAUUGGUUGGGUUCCAAUUGGUUCCCUGGACAUAGAAAAAGCCAAGAAAGCUGGAGAGAUCUUGAGUGAUAAAAUAUAUCGUCAGCCUCCAGACACAUUCAAAUUUACUAGUGUAACAGAUUCUCUAGAAAUGGUCUUGGCCAAGCAGAAUGCAGAGACAAUGAAUAAGCGCUUAUACACCGAAGCAUGGAACAAAGACAAAACAGAAAUCCAUGUCAUGCCCGACACUCCAGAAAUCAUGCUAGCAAAACUCAACCGAAUGAACUACAGUGAGAAAUUAUACAAACUUCCUUUGGAGGAAUUGAAGAAGAGAGGUUAUGACUUGCGUCUUGAUGCCAUUCCAAUCCAGGCUGCCAAGGCAUCCAGAAAUAUUGCCAGUGAAUACAAAUAUAAAGAAGGGUAUCGCAAGCAGCUUGGCCACCAUGUGGGAGCCCGCAACAUCCAGGAUGAUCCCAAGAUGAUGUGGUCUAUGCAUGUGGCCAAGAUCCAGAGUGACCGUGAGUAUAAGAAAGAUUUUGAGAAAUGGAAGACCAAGUAUAAUACCCCCGUGGACAUGCUGGGAAUCGUGCAGGCCAAGAUAUGUCAGACACUGGUCAGUGAUGUCGAUUACCGCAGUUAUCUGCACCAGUGGACGUGUCUUCCAGACCAGAAUGAUGUCAUCCAGGCCAAGAAAGCCUAUGAGCUGCAGAGUGAUACUGUUUACAAAUCAGACCUGGAAUGGCUGAAGGGUACAGGCUGGGUCCCCAUUGGUUCUAUGGAUGUUGAGAAGGUUAAGAGAGCUGGAGAAAUCCUGAGUGAAAAGCAAUACCGCCAGCCACCAGACAAAAUCAAAUUUACCAGUGUGACAGAUUCCCUGGAGUUGGUUUUGGCAAAGCAAAAUGCUGAGACAAUGAACAAGCGUUUAUACACAGAAGCGUGGAAUGCUGACAAAACCGCAAUUCAUGUCAUGCCAGACACCCCAGAAAUUUUACUGGCAAAAGCUAAUUCUGCUAACGUUAGCCAGAAACUUUACACCCAAGGUUGGGAAGAGUCCAAGAUGAGGGAUUAUGAUAUAAGAGCAGAUGCAAUUCCUAUUCGAAGUGCAAAGACAUCAAGAGAUAUUGCUAGUGAUUAUAAAUAUAAAGAAGCUUAUGAGAAACAGAGAGGUCACCAUAUAGGAGCCCGCACUGUACAGGAUGAUCCAAAGAUGAUGUGGUCUAUUCAUGCUGCAAAGCUCCAGAGUGACAGAGUGUACAAGAAACAUUUUGAGAAAUGGAAGACCAAAUUCAGUAGCCCAGUGGACAUGUUGGGAAUUGUGCAGGCCAAGAAAUGUCAGGAACUGGUCAGUGAUGUUGAUUACCGUCAUUAUCUACACCAGUGGACAUGUCUGCCAGAUCAGAAUGAUGUGAUCCAAGCUAAGAAAGCCUAUGAGUUGCAGAGUGAUAAUGUGUACAAGUCAGACCUGGAAUGGCUGCGUGGCAUUGGCUGGAUGCCAGAGGGCUCAGUGGAUGUGGAUAGAGUGAAGAAAGCCCAGGAGCUCAUGAAUGACAGAUUAUACCGUCAGCGGCCAGAUGAGCUGAAAUUUACCAGCAUUGUUGACUCACUACCAGUCGUUCUGGCUAAGGUUAAUUCUAAGCAGAUCAGUGAGCCUCUCUAUCGUGAAGCCUGGGAUAAAGAGAAGACACAGUUCACCCUGCCUGCUGACACCCCUCAGAUGCUGCAGUCCAAAGUUAAUGCUUUGAACAUCAGCAAUAAACAUUAUCAGCAAGCCUGGGAAGAUGCCAAGAUGAAAGACUAUGACAUAAGAGCCGAUACCAUUUCCAUCAAACAUGCCAAGGCUUCCAGAGACAUUGCUAGUGAGUACAAAUACAAGGAAACCCAUGAGAAGCAGAAAGGCCACUAUAUUGGAUGCCGAACUGCAAAGGAAGAUCCCAAAUUGGCAUGGGCUGCACAUAUAAUGAAGAUGCAGAAUGACAGAGAAUACAGGAAGGCUUAUCACAGUUCAAAGGCCAGAAUCACUAUUCCAGUUGAUACAGUGUCUGUUCAAGCAGCCAAGCAAUGCCAAUCAUUUGUGAGUGAUGUUGACUACCGUCAGUAUUUGCACCAGUGGACAUGUCUGCCAGACCAGAAUGAUGUGAUCCAGGCCAGGAAGGCCUAUGAGCUACAAAGUGAUAAUGUAUACAAAUCAGAUCUGGAAUGGCUGCGUGGCAUUGGCUGGAUGCCAGAUGGCUCAGUGGAUGUGGAUAGAGUGAAGAAAGCCCAGGAGCUCCUGAAUAAUAGAUUGUAUCGAACGCGGCCAGAUGAAUUGAAAUUCACUACCAUUGUCGACACACCGGAGAUUGUGCUGGCAAAGACAAAUGCUCUGAAUCAGAGCUCUGCUUUAUAUCGGGAGGUUUGGGAUAAAGAGAAGACUCAGUUUACCCUUCCUUCUGAUACCCCUGAGAUGUUGCAGUCCAGAAUCAAUGCUGUGAAUGUCAGUAAGAAAAUGUAUCAACUAAGCUGGGAAGAAGCCAAGGAAAAAGGUUAUGACUUAAGAGCUGAUGCCAUUGAAAUAAAACAUGCCAAGGCUUCAAGAGACAUUGCUAGUGAGUACAAAUACAAAACAGGUUACCGCCAGCAAUUAGGCCACUAUGUGGGAUUCCAAAGCCUUCAGGAUGAUCCCAAGUUGGUGUGGUCCAUUCAUGCAGCCAAGAUCCAAAGUGACAGGGAGUACAAGAAAUAUUUUGAAAAAUCAAAGACCAAAUUCAGUAGCCCAGUGGACAUGUUGGGAAUUGUGCAGGCCAAGAAAUGUCAGACCUUGGUCAGUGAUGUUGAUUACCGCAAUUACCUGCAUCAGUGGACAUGUCUGCCAGACCAGAACGAUGUGAUCCAAGCCAAGAAGGCCUAUGAAUUACAGAGUGAUAACAUGUACAAGUCAGACCUGGAAUGGCUGCGUGGUGCUGGUUGGUUGACAGAAGGUUCAGUGGAUGUGACAAGAGUGAAGAAAGCCCAGGAGCUCCUGAAUGACAGAUUAUACCGCCGGCGGCCAGAUGAAUUGAAAUUUACGAGCAUAGUUGACCUCCCAGCAGUUGUCUUGGCUAAAGCCAAUGCUCUGCAGAUCAGUGAACCUCUCUAUCAUAAAAUCUGGGAUAAAGAGAAGACACAGUUCACCUUACCUGCUGACACUCCUAUUAUGAUGCAGUCCAAAGUCAAUGCUCUGAACAUCAGCAAUAAACAUUAUCAGCAAGCCUGGGAAGAUGCCAAGAUGAAAGACUAUGACAUAAGAGCCGAUACCAUUUCCAUCAAACAUGCCAAGGCUUCCAGAGACAUUGCUAGUGAGUACAAAUACAAGGAAACCCAUGAGAAGCAGAAAGGCCACUAUAUUGGAUGCCGAACUGCAAAGGAAGAUCCCAAAUUGGCAUGGGCUGCACAUAUAAUGAAGAUGCAGAAUGACAGAGAAUACAGGAAGGCUUAUCACAGUUCAAAGGCCAGAAUCACUAUUCCAGUUGAUAUGGUGUCUGUCCAAGCAGCCAAAGAAGGCCAGUUAAUAGCAAGUGAUGUUGAUUACCGUCAGUAUUUGCAUCAGUGGACAUGUCUGCCAGACCAGAAUGAUGUGAUCCAGGCCAGGAAGGCCUAUGAUCUGCAAAGUGAUGCCUUGUAUAAAUCUGACCUGGAAUGGCUGCGUGGCAUUGGCUGGAUGCCAAAUGACUCCGUGGAAGUGAAGAGAGUGAAGAAUGCCCAAGACAUUCUGAGUGAAAAGAUGUACCGCACACCCGUAGAAAGCUUGAAAUACACUAAUAUUGUUGAUACUCCAGAUGUUCUCCUUGCUAAGACCAAUGCUGCACAAAUCAGCCUUCCCAAAUACAGAGAAGCUUGGGAUAAGGACAAGACUACGAUCCAUGUGAUGCCAGAUACACCUGAAAUCAACCUUGCCAAAGCUAAUGCUAUUCAUGUUAGCAAUAAACUUUAUAAAGAAGCUUGGGAUGAAGUGAAGAUGAGCUGUGAUUUGAGAGCAGAUGCCAUCCCAAUUAAGGUAGCCAAAGCCUCAAGAGAAAUUGCCAGUGAUUAUAAAUAUAAAUUAGAACAUGAGAAGCAGAAAGGACACUAUGUUGGGACUCCGAGUGCGAGAGAAGAUAACAAAAUACUAUGGGCCCUGCAUGCAGCCAAGCUUCAUAGUGACUUAGAAUACAAGAAGCACUUUCAGACGUGGAAGACAAAGUUUAGUAGUCCAGUGGACAUGCUUCCCAUUGUGGCUGCCAAAAAAUGUCAGACUUUGGUCAGUGAUAUUGAUUAUCGUAAUUACUUGCAUCGUUGGACGUGUUUGCCUGAUCAGAAUGAUGUGAUACAGGCCAAGAAAGCCUAUCAACUGCAGAGUGAUGCUGUUUACAAAUCUGAUUUGGAAUGGCUACGUGGAAUUGGGUGGAUGCCAAAUGACUCUGUUGGAAUCAACCAUGUCAAACAUGUCCAAGAUCUCCUGAAUGAGAGAAAGUACCGCACAAAAGCUGAAUCUCUCAAGUUUACUCCAGUGGCGGACAGAGUUGAUUAUAUCACCGCAAAACAUAGUGGUGAAAUACAGAGUGAUAUUAAAUACCACCAAGACUGGAAUGCCAUCAAGUCAAAUUACACUCUAACAGAUACACCGCAGCAAGAAAUGGUCCGAGAAGCUGCCAGAAUUCUUAACCAGAACUUAUACAAGGAAAACUGGGAAAAACAGAAAGCUACUGGUUAUCUUUUACCUCCUGAUGCUGUGCAGCUUCGUCAUGCCAAGCACUCCAGUGAUGUCCAAAGCGAGCUACAAUACAAAGCUGAGUAUGUUAAUCAUAAAGGUCACUAUGUUGGUGUUCCCACUAUGAGAGAUGAUCCCAAGCUGGUGUGGUUUGAACAUGCAGGCAAGAUCCAGAAUGACAGAUUGUACAAAUCAGCUUAUCACAAAUCAAAGUCUAAUGUUCACAUUCCUGCGGAUAUGGUAUCUGUCUUGGCGGCCAAGGAAUGCCAGACACUGGUCAGUGAUAUUGAUUAUCGGCAAUACCUACAUGAAUGGACAUGUCACCCUGACCAGAAUGAUUGCAUCCAGGCAAGGAAGGCCUAUGAUCUACAGAGUGAUAAUAUCUAUAAAUCUGAUCUGGAAUGGAUUCGGGGUUGUGGGUGGAUCCCUCUGGACUCAGUGGAACACAGGAAAGUUAAGAAAGCCCAAGAGUUAAUAAAUAAGAGAGCCUAUAUAAAAGAAGCCACUGAUAACUAUUCCAAUUUCACGAGUGUGGCUGAUACUCCAGAUGUUGUUUUGGCAAAGAUCAACUCUAUCAAUCAGAGUGACCUGAAAUACAAGGAAACAUUUAACCUUGAUAGAGGCCACUACAUUGGUUCUGAUGACACUCCAGUAUUGAACCACACCAGAGAGAUGUCUAAGCUCUAUAGUGAUAAACGGUAUAAGCAUUCAUGGGAAACUGGUAAGGCCAUCGGCUAUACUUUGCCUCCAGACUACAUCCCUCUCAUUGGAGCUAAACAUGCUGAUUAUAUUAACAGUGAGCUUAAAUACAAAGCAGUCUAUGAGAAGCAGAGGGGACAUUAUCUGGCUGGGAAGCAUAUCUCCGAAUUCCCCAAUGUCGUUCAUUCUCUAGCAUUCCAAAAACUAAGAAGUGCGCUGGCCUACAGAAAAAAUUAUGAAGACACCAAGGCAAAUGUCCAUAUUCCAAGUGAUAUGUUGAAUCACCUCUUGGCGAAAAAGUGUCAAUAUAUCCUCAGUGAUCUUGAGUACCGAACCUACCUUCACCAGUGGAAUUGUUCACCAGAGGAAAAUGAUGUUGUUUUGGCCAAGAAAGCCCAGGAGAUUUUAAGUGAUGUUGUGUAUAAAGACGACUUAAAUUGGCUGAAAGGAAUUGGAUGCUAUGUCUGGGAUACCCCGCAAAUCCUGCAUGCUAAAAAAUCAUAUGAUCUCCAAAGCCAACUGAAAUACACAGCGGCAGGAAAAGAGAAUCUGAAGAACUACGGUUCCGUUACUGAUACGCCACUUUAUGUGACUGCGGUCCAGAGCGGCAUCCAUGCUAGUGAUGUGAAAUAUAAAGAAAAUUAUCACCAAAAUAAGGACAAAUAUACAACAGUGGUGGAUACAGUGGAUCAUGAAAGAACCCAAAAUCUGAAACAUCUUUUUAGCAAUAACCUGUACAAGGAAGCCUGGGAUAAAGUGAAAAUCACUGGUUACAAAAUGCCCUCUGAUGCUGUAUCUCUAUCUCGUGCCAAAGAACUGAAGCAUAAUGCUAGUAUUGUCAAGUAUCGGGAAGAAUAUGACAAGUUUAAAGCACUUUACACUCUACCCAGAAGUGUUGAAGAUGAUCCCAAUACAGCAAGAUGCCUUAGAGUUGGCAAGUUUAACAUUGAUCGUCUGUACAAAGAAGUAUAUGAGAAGAAUAAGGCCAAAAUCCACAUUCUUCCAGACAUGGUAGACAUAGUAUCUGCUAAGGCCACACAGAAAAAAGUCAGUGAAAUUGAUUAUCGCCUACAUCUUCACGAAUGGACCUGUUUACCAGACCUUCAGAUCAAUGCUCAUGUUCGAAAAGUCACUGACCAGCUCAGUGAAGUUGUGUACAAGGAUGACCUCAACUGGCUGAAAGGCAUCGGCUGCUUUGUGUGGGAUACUCCUGAAAUUCUCCAUGCAAAACACGCAUAUGACCUUCGUGAUGACAUCAAGUACAAAUCAAAGGCAGAGAAAAUGAAAAAUGACUACACCAUGAUCACUGACACCCCUUACUAUGUCCAGAAUGUCAUUAGUGGCAAGAAUCUGAGUGAUGCUGUCUAUCGCCAUGAAUAUGUGCAUAAUAUUAGAGGGAAAUUGACCCCCACUGAUAAAACAGUGGACUUGGUACGGGCAAGGCAUGCUCAUAAGAUACAGAGUGAAAAUCUAUACCGGGGGGCUGGCUUACAUGCCCUUCCUACUGGAUACAAACUCCCACCGGAUACUCCUGGCUUUAAGCUUGCUAAACAUGUCCAAUAUAUUGGCAGUGAUCUCAAAUACAAAGAAGCAUAUGAGCACAUCAAGGCUAAAGGCUACACUCUUGGACCCAAAGCUGUUGGCUUUGAGCAUAUAAAGAAAGUGAAUAAAGUUCUUAAUGAGAGGCUUUAUAGGGAAACAUACCACAAAAAUAAGGACAAGAUUCACACCACCCCUGACACACCAGAAAUCCGCCAAGUCAAAGCCACACAGGAAGCUAUUAGUGAUUUGAUCUACAAGUCCGAUUACUUUAAGAUGCAGGGACAUUUGAUUUCCUUGCCAUACACCCCUCAAGUGAUCCAUUGUCGCUAUGUUGGAGAUAUCACAAGUGAUAAUAAAUACAAAGAAGAUCUACAGUGGUUAAGGGGCUUGGGUUGCUUCCUAUAUGAUACUCCUGAUAUGGUCCGUGCUCGUCACUUGCGGGAGCUUUGGUCUAAUUAUGUGUACACCAAUACCGCAAAGAAGAUGCGGGAUAAAUACAGUGUGGUUCUGGACACUCCGGAAUACAGGAAAGUUCAGGAGCUGAAGGCACAUUUGAGUGAAGUUGUUUACCGAGCUGCAGGCAAGAAGCAAAAGACGAAAUACACGUCAAUCCUUGAUACACCAGAUUUCUUAAGAGCCAAGAAAGGACAGAAAAUACAGAGUCAGUAUCUGUACGUAGAGCUAGCCACCAAAGAAAGACCCCAUCAUCAUGUUGGUGACCAGACCCCAGCCUUAAGGCUUGCAAAACAUGUGAAGGACAUGGUCAGUGAGAAAAAGUACAAAACCCAAUAUGAGAAGAUGAAGCACAAAUACACAACUGUCCCUGACACUCCGAUCCUCAUCAGGGCUAAGAAGGCUUACUGGAAUGCUAGUGAUCUGCGCUACAAAGAGACCUUUGAGCAGGCAAAGGGUAAAUAUCACACAGUGAAAGAUGCCUUGAAUAUUGUCUAUCAUCGCAAGGUCACUGAUGACAUCAGCAGUGUGAAAUAUAAAGAAAACUACAUGAACCAAUUGGGAAUCUGGAGAUCAAUCCCAGACCGGCCUGAGCACUAUCAUCAUCGUGCAGUCACAGAUGCGAUCAGCGACUUUAAAUACAAAGAAGACUUAUCAUGGCUUCGAGGGUUUGGUUGUUAUGCCUGGGACACUCCUGAUCUUGCUCUGGCAGAAAAGAACAAAGUCCUUUACAGUGGGUGUAAGUACAAGGAGUCAUUCAACAAGAUGAAGUCUCAGUUCGAAUAUGUAGCAGACUGUCCCAUUAACAGGCAUUUUAAACAUGCAACUCAGCUAAUGAAUGAGAAAAAAUAUAAGUCUAGUGCCAAACUGUUCCUGCAACAUGGAUGCAAUGAAUUUCUGAGACCAGAUAUGCUGACAGCACUUUACAACACAAACUUGUGGAGCCAGUUCAAAUACAAGAGGCAGUAUGAAAUGCAGAAGGACAAGUAUACUACAAUCGUGGAUACCCCAGAACAUCUGAGGACUGCAAAAGUCAACAAGCAAAUCAGUGAUAUUAUUUACAAGAUGGAAUUUGAGAAGGCCAAGUCUAAGGGGUAUACCACAAUACAUGACACCCCUCUGUUACUGCUUAUGCGCAAGGUCAAAGACAGAAUAAGUGAUCUGAAGUACAAAGAAGUUUAUGAGAAGAAUAAGUCUAAUUGCAACGUUGUAGGAGAUGCCGUUCAUAUUAAAGCUGCCAAAGCUGCCUACAAAGUAAACAGCAAUCUGGAUUACAAGAAGAAAUAUGAAGCAACCAAGGCUCACUGGCAAUGGACUGUUGAUAGACCUGACUUUCUCCAAGCAGCCAAGGCAUCCCUGCAACAGAGUGAUUAUGACUAUAAGCUAGACCGAGAAUUCCUUAGGGGAUGCAAAUUGUCUGUCACGGAUGACAAAAAUACAGUGUUGGCUUUGAAGAAUGCCAUUCUGUCAAGUGAUAUAAAAUACAAAGAGAAGCAUAACAAGGCUAGAGGAACAUGCCUCGCUGUCCCAGACACACCUCAGAUCCUCCUCUCUAAGUGUGUCAGCUCUCUUGUAUCUGAGAACAAAUACAAAGAGCAAAGUAAGAAGCAGCUUCCACAUGGUUCUUAUACAACCCUGCCUGAGACCCAGGACACUAUUCGUGUCAAAGAAGUGACCAAGAAUGUCAGCGAGACAAACUAUAAAAAGAAUUUUGUGAAGGAGAAAGGCAAGUCCAACUAUUCCAUCAUGCAGGAGCCUCCUGAUGUGAAACAUGCCAUGGGAGUCGCUAAGAAACAGAGUAUUGUUGAAUACAAAAAAGAUGCCAAGUCACAGCUUCAUUACACAUCGAUAGCAGAUCGACCAGAUAUUAAGAAAGCAACCCAAGUUGCUAAAUUAGUCAGUGAUAUUCAAUACAAAGCCAAGGCUCGAGGAGAAGUUGCCCUUGGUGUACGCAUGCUGGGGCGGCCAGAUAUUGAACUUGCGAAGGAGGUAUCCAAGCUUACUAGCCAGUUGAAGUACAGACAGAAUUUUGACAAGGAGAAGAGUAAGAGGCCGAUGUAUGACUUGAAGGAGGCCAAGAUUUACAAGACCAUGAAAGAUGCUCACAACAUUGCUAGUGAGGUUAAAUAUAAGGCAGAUCUAAAGAAACUUCACAAGCCUGUGACAGACAUGUCAGAAUCGCUGAUAAUGAACCAUGUCCUGGGUACAAGUCUACUCUCCAGUGCUUACCAGUACAAGAAGCAAUAUGAGAAGAGUAAGGGUCACUACCAUGUGGUGCCAGAUAACCUUGAACAGCUUCAUCUAAAGGAGGCUUCAGAACUACAGAGUCACGUGAAAUACAAGGAGAAGUAUGAAAAGGAAAAAGGAACACCCAUGCUGGACUUUGAAACUCCAACAUACAUCACUGCCAAGGAAUCUCAGCAUAUGCAGAGUGCGAAAGAAUACAAGAAGGACUAUGAAGAGUCCAUUAAAGGGAGGAACCUUGCUGGCUUGGAGAUUACACCAUCUUUAUUACAUGUCAAAUAUGCAACGAAAAUAGCAAGCGAGAAAGAAUACAGGAGGGAUCUAGAGGAAGGUGUCAAAGGUAAAGGUAUGACAAUGUUGGAGGAGACUCCGGACAUGUUAAGAGCAAAGAAUGCAACUCACAUCCUAAAUGAGAAAGAGUACAGGAAAGCACUGGAGUUUGAAAUGAAAGGAAGAGGUCUGACAGACCAGUCUUUGGAAACGCCAGACUACAUGAGGGCAAAGAAUGCCACAGACAUUGCCAGUCAGGUUAAAUAUAAGCAUUUGGCAGAAAUGGAUAAAGCCAAUUACACCUCUGUUGUCGAUACUCCUGACAUCAUUCAUGCCCAGCAUGUCAAGAACCUUUCAAGUCAGAAAAAAUAUAAGGAAGAUGCAGAAAGGACCAUGUCAUACUACCUGCCUGUUCUGGACACACCAGAAAUUCUGAGAGUCCGUGAGAACCAAAAGAACUUUAGCAACUUUCAGUACCAGUGGGAUGUAAAGAACAGCAAAGGAAAAGUUACAGUGGUACAAGAAACACCAGAAAUACUGCGUGUUAAAGAAAACCAAAAGAAUUUUAGCUCGAUUUUAUAUAAAGAAGAUAUUGGAACAGGAACAGCUAUUGAAAAGACACCUGAGAUGCAGAGAAUUAAACGAGCCCAGGACGCAAUUAGCACGAUUAAAUAUAAGGAAAGCAUUGGGAAAGGGAUCCCAAUUCCUGACCUUCCCGAAGUGAAACGUGUCAAGGAGACCCAGAAGCACAUCAGCUCGGUGUUGUACAAAGAGGACCUCGGGACAGGAAUCCCAACACCAGUCACUCCAGAGAUAGAGAGAGUGAAACGCAAUCAAGAAUACAUUAGCUCGGUGUUGUACAAGGAGGGCUUGGGGACUGGGAUCCCAACACCUGUCACUCCAGAGAUGGAGAGAGUCAAACGCAAUCAAGAGAUCAUUAGCUCGGUAUUGUACAAGGAGGGCUUGGGGACUGGGAUCCCAACGCCUGUCACUCCAGAGAUGGAGAGAGUAAAACGCAAUCAAGAAAACUUUAGCUUGGUGUUGUACAAAGAGAAUCUGGGGACUGGAACCCCCAUAUCUGUCACUCCUGAGAUUGAGAGGGUCAAACGCAAUCAAGAAAACUUAAGCUCGGUUUUGUACAAAGAACAUGUGGGGAAAGCGACCCCAACACCAAUCACUCCAGAGAUGGAGAGAGUCAAACGCAAUCAAGAACACAUUAGCUCGGUAUUAUACAAAGAAAACUUGGGGCGAGCAACCCCAACUCCUGUUACUCCAGAGAUGGAGAGAGUCAAACGCAAUCAAGAAAACAUUAGCUCGGUGUUGUACAAAGAGCACAUGGGAAAAGGAACUCCGACACCUAUCACUCCAGAGAUGGAGAGAGCUAAACGCAAUCAAGAAAACAUUAGCUCGGUCCUCUAUUCAGAUAGUUUCCGGAAACAAGUCCAAGGCAAAGCAGCCUAUGUUUUGGAUACCCCCGAAAUGAGGCGUGUACGAGAGUCCCAGCGCCAUAUCUCCACGGUGAAAUACCAUGAAGAUUUUGAGAAACACAAAGGUAGCUUCACGCCUGUGGUUACUGAUCCCAUUACAGAGCGUGUGAAAAAGAACAUGCAGGACUUCAGUGAUAUUAACUACAGGGGCAUUCAAAGAAGGGUUGUAGAAAUGGAACGAAAACGAGUGGAUCAGGAUCACGAGACAAUCACAGGUCUUCGUGUAUGGCGCACCAAUCCUGGAUCAGUCUUUGAUUAUGACCCAGCAGAAGACAAUAUUCAGUCUAGAAGUUUACACAUGAUUUCAGUCCAAGCCCAGCGCCGCAGCCGAGAGCAAUCCCGCUCUGCCAGUGCAUUAAGCCUCAGCGCUGGGGAGGAGAAAUCUGAGCAUUCAGAGGGUGCUGAUCAGCACCUGUCUUAUUACAGCAAUGGUGGUAUUUUCACUACAACAACAACAGUGGCUUACAAACACGCUAAAACUAUAGAACUGCCACAACAAAGAUCUUCUUCUGUUGCCACUCAACUGACAACAGCAUCUUCUGUUCCCUCUCAUCCAUCCAUUGCAGGUAAGACCUACCGUGCCAUGUAUGACUACAUGGCAGCUGAUGCUGAUGAAGUUUCCUUCAAAGAUGGGGAUGCAAUUGUAAAUGUCCAAGCUAUUGAUGAAGGCUGGAUGUAUGGGACUGUACAGAGGACUGGCAAGACUGGCAUGCUUCCAGCCAAUUAUGUAGAAGCUGUCUAAAUGAAAAUUUGGUCUUCCAUAAAGCAUAGCUACAUGGUCAAAAUACACAGGCACUUUGUAUUCACCACAAGUCAGACUAACCACUCUCAAGUAAACACUUUCUAAGUGUUGUUUUCCUUACCUGAUGUUAUCUUAUGAAUUGUCAUACUGGGAAAAAAAAUAGAACAAAAUGUUUAAAAAACACAUUUACAAGUCAUUGCUGAUAUAGAAUGUUUGCUAACAUGCUAUUAGUCCCCAGAGAAGCAUUCUUCUAAACUAUCCAUUUAGGCCUAGACUUGCUUAUAAAAACCUAUCUUCCUUGAGUUAUUUUUAUGCAAGCAAAAUUGACACACACAAAAAAAGAAUGUGUCUUUCAGAUGUGAAAUUCAACUGAAUUCCAAGCAUUCAGAUUUAAGUCUACAACUUUCUUGGUAUUCCGAUCAUGAACCCUAGGAUUUUUCUAUGCUGUUCUAAAAAUGUUUGAAUAUAUUUAUUGUUCCAAGUAAGUAACAUGUAAACAUAACAUCUCAAACCAGCCAAAAGUAACCUGGAAAAAGCCUCUCCUCUCUUCUGCUUGCUGAGCGCUGAUGCAUGUGUUUUUCAUCUAAUAAUUGUGGUGGAGUCAGAAUGCUAUUUCCUUGUAAAUUAGUGACUACUAAGUUCACAUUUCUGCAGUAUGAUUGAUGCAUUAAUUUCAGAUCAUGAGCAGUGAAAAUCUGCAUAUUAAACAAUCUUGCUACAAAACAA